UAAUAGUUAGUAAUUAAGGGACAAGCCCUUGACCAAAGCCUCUAUCUAGUCCUCGACCCACUCUAAACUCAGGCCGAACAAUCACAAAAGGCCUCGUGACCAAUCAAUCUCCUCGACGCCGGAGCCGGAGUCGGAAUGGACAGGGAAUGGGGUUCGAAGCCUGGAAGCGGAGGGGCCGCCUCCGCCCAGAACGAAGCCAUUGACCGCCGUGAGCGUCUCCGAAGGCUCGCCCUUGAGACCAUCGAUCUCGCGAAAGAUCCCUAUUUUAUGCGCAAUCACCUCGGCAGUUAUGAGUGCAAGCUUUGCCUGACACUCCACAACAACGAGGGGAAUUACUUGGCCCACACACAGGGAAAGCGUCACCAGACUAAUUUGGCCAAGAGAGCUGCCCGCGAGGCCAAGGAAGCGCCUGCGCAGCCUCAGCCCCACAAGCGCAAGGUCUCCGUUCGCAAGUCAGUCAAAAUCGGAAGGCCUGGGUACAGGGUAACAAAGCAGUUUGAUCCAGAGACGAAGCAGAGGUCUCUUCUUUUCCAGAUUGAAUAUCCUGUCAUUGAAGACCUUACAAAACCAAGACACAAGUUUAUGUCUUCUUAUGAGCAGAGGGUCCAACCCUUCGAUAAAAGAUACCAGUAUCUUCUUUUUGCUGCUGAUCCAUAUGAGAUCAUUGCUUUCAAGGUUCCUAGCACAGAGAUUGACAAAACCCCUCCCAAGUUCUUCACACAUUGGGAUCCAGACUCUAAAAUGUUUACGUUGCAAUUAUAUUUUAAAAUCAAGCCACCAGAGGCAAACAAACCUCAACCUGCCCCUGCAGCCAACGGCACAGCGGCCCCUGGUGUCCCACCAAGGCCUUUGCCACCACCACCCCAAGGUCCACCCCCACCACUUCCUCCAACGCAAGGAGGGCCGCCUGGUGCACCUCUUGGAAAUCCUCCUAGAGCCCCUCCUCCAAUGCCUGCUUCAUUCCCACCACCACCUCCUACAGCAAAUGGCCCUAGGCCCAUGCCUCCUGGUGGGACUCCACCUGUCCCUCCCCCACCUCCUGUUGGUAGCGGCACGAUGGCGAAUUUCACUCCUGGUACUAGGCCUCCAAUGCCUCCCUCACAUGGUUUUCAAGCCCAACAGAUGCAAGGCCAGGGUGUUCGUCCACCGCCACCACCUCCUAGCAUGGGGCAACAUGUCCUCAGGCCACCCUCAUCUCAGUAAACAAUUCUCUAUGUAGUAGUUGCAGCAGAACUGUGUUCGACUACAGUGCAGUCGUUUUUCCUAAUUUGAGGGGAAUUAUAUGAGGGAUAAAGAUGCGGUUAUCCAUAUACUUUAGUUGAAUUGAAGCUGGUUCUGGUUAGCAAUUUGUAAGAUAUUUGAGGCUUUCAGUUUAUUAACUUGUCAUUUUUCCACAAUCAAUACAUUUUCCCCCUUUUUUUGUUC